AGAAAAAAGAAAAAUAUUAUCCGAGAGAGUGUGUGAUAAUAGUCUUUCUUUGCAUCCAGGCUCAAAGCAUAAGGGACACCUCUCAAUUUUCCUUCAUAUUGCUAAUCCUAAAAUGGCUGUCAAAUCUCACAUAACUACAGGAUUGACCCUCCCUUUGAAACCCACUGCUGCUGCUGCUUCGAGCUCCGGGACUAGUAGAAGCUUGUGUUUAGAUAAUAAGCCACUCACUUCUACUUUCUUUAAUGGCGGAGUGGCUGCCCUAAAACUUUCAAGCAUAAGGACCCUUCCAGGAAGAUCUCAUUGUCAUAGACAAGGCAAUGGUGCUCUUGGUACGCGCAUGAACCUUUUUGAUCGGUUUGCUAGAGUUGUUAAGUCAUAUGCAAAUGCACUCAUAAGUUCUUUUGAAGAUCCUGAGAAAAUCUUAGAUCAAGCUGUUAUUGAAAUGAAUGAUGACUUGGUGAAGAUGAGACAAGCCACAGCACAAGUAUUAGCAUCUCAAAAGCGGUUGGAAAAUAAGUACAAAGCUGCACAACAGGCUUCUGAAGAUUGGUACCGUAAAGCACAGUUGGCUCUUCAGAAAGGAGAAGAAGAUCUUGCGCGUGAAGCCCUCAAGAGGCGUAAAUCUUUUGCUGAUAAUGCUAAUUCAUUCAAAGCUCAACUUGAUCAACAGAAAAGUGUAGUUGAUAAUCUUGUCUCUAACACACGGCUUUUGGAAAGCAAGAUACAAGAGGCGAAGUCAAAGAAAGACACUUUAAAAGCUCGGGCUCAGUCUGCUAGAACUGCUACAAAAGUAAAUGAGAUGGUGGGAAAUGUCAACACUAGUAGUGCUUUAUCAGCUUUUGAGAAGAUGGAAGAGAAAGUUUUGGCAAUGGAGUCCGAAGCUGAAGCUCUUGGGCAGUUAACCACCGAUGAUCUUGACGGGAAGUUUGCGUUACUUGAGAGCACAUCAGUUGACGAUGAUCUUGCAAACUUGAAAAAGGAACUAUCUGGUAGCUCACAGAAAGGAGAGCUUCCACCUGGAAAAACUGUUUCUGCGUCCACAAACAAGCCGUUUCCAUAUCGGGAUGCUGAGAUUGAGACGGAGCUUAAUGAAUUGAGGCAAAGGGCAAAGGAGUUGUAAGGUUUCUAAUCUGCAUACCGAGAACUCUGAACGAGGUUGGGCUCAAUUU